AAGCGACUAGAAAAGGUGCGGUUCCCGUUCCGACGCUACGCCGCUUAUGGACCGUCAGUGAUAGCUUCAAACUUCGCUGAUUAAGAUCCACUCGCAGUAUACAUCCCAGGUGAUGCAAUGCACCUCUACUGCUCAAUUGGCUUUCAAGAAUUACCAGCAAUGGUGGGCACAGCUGCAUUGGCUUGGCCACCAGAGAGUAAAUGAGACCACGUGAGCGUUCUGCUUUCACAUGACAUAGUGGAGAGAUCAACCCGGCUCUCGCUGAAAGUGUGGUUAGAUGUCAUCAAGCGUGUCAAGUUUGUGCGAGCUCUGCUUUUUCUCCUUCUCUACUUUCUUUACGUUUGCCAGAAAGAAGGCAAACCACGGCUAUGACCCCGAAAGCUGCCCAAACAAAACUCCAAGUGUUUAGUUUUCUGUCACAUUGAGGGCUGGGGGCUUCAGGACCAGCAUUCAAAGCAAAUGAAGGUGAUGGCCAGUUCCGUCUGGUUUGACGCUGUGUCUGGCUAGAGCAGCAGAAGAAACACAGCAACGACUCAAUUUUGAUUACUUGAGUUUGGUGCCGGUGCUUUCCUUUGAUGUCUCAAAAGCCUCGACCAAAUUGCCUUGGGCGAUGAGGGUGCUCUGCCCUGGGUGUUUUCUUCGCAGGAAAAGAUCAGCGCUCGUUUUUACGUGUCUUCGCCCUGCUGCUCUCGUGUAGAUAUCUCAUGGGGUUUCACAACUGACAACUCGAACAUGAGGUCACCAGGCUCUUUCGAGCUGCUUCAGCGUUGAGCGCUUCGCUUAGGUGGUUCUAUGUGAAGCCUGGAAUGGUUUUCAGUGUUGCGAUGCUCAUGCUUUCUCCUCUUGGCAACCACUUGCGAGAGGUGGCGCCGACCGAGGAUGUGCAGUUGGUGCUUUCAAUGACCUUCCUGACGUUUGCUCUACUGAAGCCCCUGUCUGAUGGUCUUUUCAACAUAACGACUGCGAAGCAGGUCGAGAAACGCAAGAACUUGGAAGGAGACAACAUCACAGAGCCCCGGGAACCCAUGGAGUGCACAGAGGUGACGGAGUCUGAGAAGCAUGAGGAGUUGGAACAACAAGAUCCGGAAGAAGACCAUGAAGAACAGCACGAGGAAAACAAAGAUCAAAGCACCACAGUCAAAGAUCAGCUGCCUGAACCGCCUUGGUGGCUGAUGGGAGCUUUGCCACCAGUAGGUUUAAUCGGAGGCUUCUUGGGGGGCCUGUGUGGGAUGAAUGGGCCGCCAUUUAUUUUGCUAACAGCCAUCACUGGCUUGGACAAGGUGGUGGCACGAAACCUUUUCCCAAUGGGCCAAGCUAUUGAGGUUUGGACCUUCCGCUUCCCCAUGCUCCUGUCGUUACGCCGCAUCCGACUGGAAGAUGCCCACAUUUACUGUGUUGGCCUAUUCGCAGGAGCUGUCGGUCUCCAGAUGGGAAAUCUUGUCGCUCCCAAAGUCUCACAAAAGCUCUUUGAGCGAAGCAUGUUGCUCUUUUUGGUGCUCUCUUCGCUCCUGGUAUUGGGAUUGCUGCAAGGUCACCCACGUGCUCUGGUAGCAUUGGGCGUCGUCCUCCUGGUUGCCUUGAUUCGGUUGCUCACUGGCAGGCGAGUUAGGGCAGUGCAAAGGCUGCAAAAACCACCUUCGACUGCAACUUGAGCUCUUUGGUGCAGAGAUUGAGUGAGCAUGAAGACAACAACUUCUGCCGGUCCGUUGGGAUGCGGUUUUCUUGGAAUGUGCAAAACUUGUGUAGAGUGCGCUUUGAUUGAAAGUUGUGUCCUUCAGGCCCAUGAAGCAGCAGAAUGUGAUGUCCGUUGAUUGCAAGAUGCCUGUCAACGACGUGGCGUGUUUGGCUGGCCUUUUGACCGGUAAACUACUUGCCAUUUGGCGGAGCCUUUUGCCGGAGUCCAACAGCAACAUCCGACGCAGUGGACCGAGUAGAAUGAGGCAGCAUGUGGCAAUUCUUUGCCAGUGCAUUUUGUGAGAGCUCCGAUGAAGGAAGCGCACGAAGCGCACGAAGCGCACGAAGCGCACGCGAUCUUGAAUCAUUUUUGCACUCAGCUGAGGGCUGAAGAGAGGUUUGACUCAGAUCCGAAGACCUCUGAACGCCUUGAUGACCUGCGCUGACUCCAU